AUGAGCAACAUUACUAACAACACUUCGAAACGGUUCUUUGCGCCGCUGAAAGAGCCCUUCACGGCGGCGGGCUCUCAACUGCGCAAGCUGGAGGGCGUGGUCUUUGAUAUGGACGGGACAUUAUGCGAACCCCAAACCUACAUGUUCGCACUCAUGCGCUCCGCCCUCUCCAUCUCCAAGUCCACCGACAUCCUCGACCACAUCUACUCCCUCCCCACCCCCUCCGCCCAAGCCACCGCCAUGGAAUCCAUCCGGUCCAUCGAGCGCGAAGCCAUGGUCACCCAAGUCGCCCAGCCGGGUCUGGUGACGCUCAUGUCCUACCUCGACGCGCGCGGGAUCCGCAAGGGCAUCUGCACCCGCAACUUUGACGCGCCCGUGAACAACCUGAUCGAAAAGUUCCUGGCCGGGUCCGUCUUCCACCCAAUCGUGACCAGGGAGUUUCGCCCGCCGAAACCGGAUCCGGCGGGUAUCUUGCACAUUGCCAAGGCGUGGGGGCUGGCGAGACGGGCGGGAGCGGGGGAGAGCGGUGUGCCGGAGGUGGGCGAGGAGGAGCAUGAGAGUGCUGCUGCUGCUGCUGCUGCUGCUGCUGCGACGGAGACGACGACGACGACGAAUGGCGCAAGUACAGAAGAGGGUCUGAAAAAGACAGAGGAAGGGGAGUGGGUGGCGGAUGCGAGUGGGCUGAUUAUGGUGGGGGAUAGUAUUGAUGAUAUGACGGCUGGACGGAGGGCGGGGGCCAAGACCGUCUUGUUGGUCAAUGAUGUGAAUAGGCACUUGGUGGAUCAUGAGCAUACGGAUUUGGUGAUUGAGAGGUUGGACCAGUUGGUUGACGUUUUGGAGGAGGGGUUGUUGUAA